AUGGUUAUAGCUGCGACAGGAGGAACACCAGGAUUGUUAGGGAACAGAUUUCUUACAAGCACACAGCUGCAAGUUCGAUAUAGAAAGGGAAUCCUUCAACUCAGCAACCAGUCUGUGAGAUGUACGAAUGAGGAAAAGGAGGAGAACAUGGUUCAACACAGCAGAGAAAUACCACAACGAGUUCGAAGAGAACCAAGGUGGAGUAGAUGGCUCAUAGAGAAGCCAACUAAAGUUGUUGAGAGUACGUGCAAGGACCUAGGAGGAUCCUGUGCGCAGGCAAGAAUAGGAAAGAUAGGAACGAAAGAGGAGGACGAGGUUACUCCCUUGCGAAUAGGGAAAGCAGGGGAAGAAGCCCUGAGGAUAGAGAAGGAAGAUGAGGUUACUCCCUUGCGAAUAGGGAAGGCAGGAGAAGAAGCCCUGAAGAUGAAGAAGGAACAGGAGAGUGCAAAAUGGCAGCCUGUUUACGAGAUAGAAGUACACGACAUCGAGAAAGGUCCAGAAGACAGCAUCCCAAGAAAGGAUCCGAAGGAGCUGCCAGAGCAUCUACACUUGCUAAUGGAGGGCGUGGACGACGGUCUUACGUACCCGCAAAGAAAGCGAUUGGCAGGGCUCCUAAAUGAGUUCCAGGAUAUCUUCAUAGGACCCAACCAGGGACUAGGGAAGACGGACAUUGUGAGACACUCCAUUGAGACGGGAAACGUGGCACCAAUUAAACAAGCGCCACGCAGGUUACCUAUGCACCGACAGGCACAAGCUAAAGCAGAACUCUCUGAAAUGCUGCGAACCGGGAUUAUUGAACCCAGCGAUAGUCCAUGGGCCUCGCCAAUUGUUUUGGUUACGAAGAAAGACGGGAACGUACGCUUCUGCAUAGAUUAUCGCAAACUAAACAAGACGAUACAUUAGCCAAGUACUAAGAGAGAUACAGCAAACUCCACAGGGAAGG